GCGCAAAGACGACGUGAGGCUGCGUGGCAAAUUCUGAGUGGCGCUCCCGCACAUCGUUCGGAGUUGCCCGCUCCUCCUCCCCCCUCCUCGGUUCGGCGAAACCUUUCUCGCCGGCUUCUGAUUGCUUGCCGUCCCCGCCUGCAGGGCUUCAUCUCCCCGGGCAGGAGAAAGCGUUGUAGCGGGCGGCGGUCUGCACGCUCCCCGCUACCUCCAUGCUCCGCAUCCGGUUCUGACGCCUGGCACCCGAACCUCGCAUCACUACAGGCCUUCAAUCCAUUUCUAUGACAACAGCUUUGGCUGAGGAAAUGAAAAGUGCAAUGGAGGGUGACUGCAAGAGAACCAAUCAGGUGCCCGAGGAGCACCGAGAUGCUGACGAAAGCUCGGACAAGACUCCCAGCAAGGCUUCCAAAUCCCCUCAGAAGAGCAACAAGAGGCCGAAAACUGUCCCCGUUAAAGUCAGCUUGCUUGACGGCUCCGACUACGAGACCGCUGUUGAGAAAUUUGCCAAGGGCCAAACACUGCUGGACAUGGUGUGCGGCCAUCUGAACCUGUUGGAGAGGGACUAUUUCGGCUUGACGUUCCAUGACUCCGACAGCGCAAAGCAUUGGUUGGAUCCAUCAAAGGAGAUUAAAAAGCAAAUUCGGGUUGGCUCCUGGAUUUUAGGCUUCUCUGUUAAAUUCUAUCCGCCAGAUCCAUCAGUGCUCAUUGAAGACAUCACCAGGUAUUACCUGUGCUUGCAGUUGAGGGAUGACAUCCUGUCCGGCCGACUGCCCUGUUCUUUUGUCACGCAUGCCCUCUUGGGCUCCUACACUGUUCAAGCCGAACUGGGCGACUAUGAGCCUGAGGAACACGGGCCGGAUUACGUCGCUGACUUUCGCUUUGCCCCGAAUCAGACACGGGAGCUGGAGGAAAGGGUGAUGGAGCUGCAUCGCAACUAUAGAGGAAUGAGUCCAGCAGAGGCGGAAGUGAAUUUUCUAGAAAAUGCAAAGAAGCUUUCGAUGUACGGGGUGGACCUACAUCACGCUAAGGAUUCCGAGGGAAUUGACAUCAUGCUUGGCGUGAGCGCCAAUGGUUUGCUCAUUUACCGAGACCGUCUAAGGAUCAACCGCUUCGCCUGGCCAAAGAUCCUCAAGAUUUCCUACAAGAGGAGCAACUUCUACAUCAAGAUCCGUCCUGGAGAGUAUGAACAGUUUGAGAGCACCAUUGGCUUCAAGUUGCCCAACCAUCGGGCCUCGAAGCGCCUGUGGAAGGUUUGCAUUGAGCACCACACCUUCUUCAGGUUGGUAUCUCCAGAGCCACCUCCAAAGGGCUUCCUGGUGAUUGGCUCCAAGUUCCGCUACAGUGGGCGAACUCAAGCCCAAACCAGACAGGCCAGUGCUCUGAUCGACAGGCCUGCUCCUCUCUUUGACCGCUCUGUUAGCAAGAGGUACCUGCUGUCCCGAAGUAUUGACGGGGCUUCAGCUUUAGGUAACAGUAUGGACCAAUUGUCCCAGCGAAGCUCAAGUGAACGAACACAGUUCAUGUCCAGGGAAGACCUGGACCAAGAAGGCAGCCUGGACCUAGACCAUGAUCACUACCACUAUCCGGACCAGGACCAAGACCUGCAUCAUGACCCUGACCAGGACUUAGAUCUGCACCAAGGUCCAGAGCACAUUCACGGUGUGAGCAUGUCAACAUGCAGCAAGACUUUGGAGUUCAAGGCCGAGGAAGCAGCCUCGCCUGUAGACUCGAAACCAGAGUUGGACAAGGAUCUGGCCACGGCUCGGCCCAAGCAGGAGCAGUUCUUGGACAAGCCAGAAGAUGUUCUUCAGAAGCACCAGGCCAGCAUUAAUGAGCUGAAGAGGGCCUUGAGGCAGCCCAACAGCAAGAUGACCCAGAGGGAGAAACGCGCCUGCUCUGCUACUCCUCCUGGAGGAACCCCAGAGCGGAAACCAGCGACUGGUGAAGCCAAUUUGAUUGAGAAGCAGGAUGCUAAUGGACAAGCGCUGGAUUGUGACUCUAAUCUGGCUACAGACACACCUUGGGCUGAGGAAAACGGGGGAACGUGGAACUCUCCGACUGGGAUAUCACCUCAAAUUGAUUUAAGAGCAAAGGGACUCAAAGUUAGAAGCCCGCUGGAUGAUCCUUUGGCAACUAACAAUGGUCAUAAUUCUGUAUUAGCGAGGAGUUACAUUCAUGAAAAUGGAUUCAGUUCCCCAAAGGCAAAACAAGGGAGCGGAACACAGAGUAGAGAUGUUAAGCUUUGCCAAUACGAGCAGAACAUACCCCAAGUGCUAUCGAAAAACUUUGCUUUCUCCUCGGAGACUCUGGAUUCGGUCUCAGAAGGAAAAGGGGCCUCAAGAGACACGCAGGAAAUCGAAGGUCUAAGCUCUGAAGAUUUGCUGAUAGAGUUCAACAAAACUUUGAACUCUGAACAUGCCGAAGUCACCAAAGUCGUUCCUCUCAAGCCACAGCGAUCCAAAAAAUCUUUGAAUAAAGACUCCGUACUUUGUGUGAACCCUUAUAGCCGGUCUGGGCGGGGUCCGGUCGGGGAUGCAGCAACGACAAGAUCGGAAGGUGAAUCUGGUGAGAAAACAGGAUUGGAGGAUAACGAUAGGCUGCAGUCUGACACACCAAGAGUCAGUGAUAACUCAGCAGCUGGAAAAAACCACCGCGGCGCUGGACCAGAAAAACGACAAGACUUGAGAGAAUUUAAUAAUGCAGAAAACGCAAUGCCAAGAAGAGGCGAGAAACCGGAAGAUACUCAAAAUAACGCGGACGUGAAUGCAGAGAGGCUCCUAUUUAGGUUACCAACAGUUCCCCCACGAACACUCCCUCUGAAAAAGCAGUGGUCCCGAGACCGCCACGGCAACACUGACUGCAGCCACAUUCACUACAGAAGCAACCAAGACGCCACCAAGAGGAAGCAAGCGGAGACCCCUCCAACACCUGCCAUUCACGAGGAGCCGCUCAGCGAUUCCUCGCGGGAGCCUUGGGAGAGACGUCUGGGUUCAGUGUCCGAGGACGAUCAAGACCACGAGAUCUCGUACUUGAAGGAAACCCACCUGGGCAUCGAGCGCAAAUGUUCCAGCAUCACCGUCAGCUCCACUUCCAGCUUGGAGGCCGAGGUCGACUUCACCGUCCUCACGGACCUGCAAACAGGCAUGGAGGAGUUCUCGCGGGGCAUGUCCGAGCUGGGUGAACGGGACUUGUCGCCCGACGGGGGGCUGCGCUUCGGGAUCGACUUCCUCCAGCAGCAAGGCCCCUUAGAGCAGUCGCCUCCUUGGGUGUCGGCGUCUCCUGCGUCCACAGAAGCCAGCAGCAGUCCUCCAGCUAAAAACGUCCAAACCGAAGAAGUUCGGACGGAACCUAAGCGGCCUGAUGUGCAGCCUGUAGUGCCUAAAAAGCCCAAGAGGUCGGUACCGGUGUCAUCUUCAGUGGACAGGGAGCAGUCACACAAGGAAGCCAGUCAGGUCACCAGCGCCACGCCUUUGAAUCGGGAAGCCAGUGAUGUCAUCGGGGCAGUGAGGAAGACGGACGUCAGGACGGAGACCCAGCCCAAUGGGUCCGAGGUCACAACCACCAUAGUGGAGUUCACAGAUCAGGAUCACGGUAUGACUGGCCUGAGCGAAGUCUCUUACUCUUCAAGACAGAGCGUGUCUCCAGUGCAUAUGGGCAGUCUUGGAAGAGAGUCAACUGGGUCUCCUAUCCUUGUUACUGAAAAUGUUACAUCGGCGACCACACAGGUUACCAAGACAGUAAAAGGGGGCUACUCAGAGACCAGGAUUGAAAAGAGAAUCAUCAUCACAGGAGAUGAUGAUGUGGACCAGGAACAGGCUCUGGCCAUCGCAAUCCAAGAGGCCAAGCAGCAGCAUCCAGACAUGCAGGUGACCAAGGCGGUGGUUGUUCGGGAAACAGAAUCAUCCAUGGAGGAACGACAUGGGGCAGAGUCUUGAUUUGCUGGGAUGAGCAGCUGUGACUUUAUCGCCCCAGCUGACAGCACCCUGCAACCCCCCCCGCCCCCCCACCC